CUUUCUAGCAAAUAGCAAACAACUGAGAACCUGAACUUACUAUCAGCAUUGAACACUGAACUCUGAACACUGAACAUUGAACACGGACUCUCAUCUGUUUCUGGCAAACAUGAAGUCUGACCUCUGGUAUUUCUUUCUCUUCUGCUUGCAAACUAAAGUCCUAACAGGAGAAAUCAAUGGUUCUGCCGAUUAUGAGAUGUUUACAUUUCACAAUGGAGGUGUACAAAUUUUAUGCAAAUAUCCUGACAUUGUCCAGCAAUUUAAAAUAGAGUUGCUGAAAGGGGAGCAAAUACUCUGCGAUUUCACUAAGACAAAGGGAAGUGGUAACACAGUGUCCAUUAACAGCCAGAAAUUCUGCCAUCCUCAGCUAUCCAACAACAGUGUCUCCUUUUUUCUAUAUAACUUGGACCGUUCUCAUGCCAACUAUUACUUCUGCAGCCUCUCCAUUUUUGAUCCUCCUCCUUUUAAAGUAACUCUUAAGGGAGAAUAUUUGCAUAUUUAUGAAUCACAACGUUGUUGCCAGCUGAAGUUCUGGUUACCCAUAGGAUGUGCAGCUUUUGUUGUAGUCUGCAUUUUUGUAUGCAUACUUAUUUGUUGGUUUACAAAAAAGAAGUAUUCAUCCAGUGUGCAUGACCCUAAUAGUGAAUACAUGUUCAUGGCAGCAGUGAACACAGCCAAAAAAUCUAAACUCACAGGUAUAACUCUAUUUGGGGGGUUUGGGUAGGGAAGAGUUUUUUUCACAGUAAGCCUGGAAUGUUAAUUUUUUUUCUAUUUUAUUUUAAAGGAAAGGAAAACAUCUCCAAGGUCUAAUUCUAGUAUUUUCUGUGAAAAUCUGGAUUUUUCACUUGCUUGUAUAUUGCUUGUAUGUUGAAAACAAAUAAGCAAUAGGUUUGUAAGCCACUACUGAAACUAAACACACAAAAAGUUCAUAAGCUAACAUUGUAUCAAGGCAAUUUUCCAAUUGAUAUUUCAAAAGUUGGGAUGAUCCUAAGUGUUUCUUGUUGAAGAGUUCAUUCGGUCAUUUGAUGAGCAUUUAUUGAAUAUCAGUUAAAUGUGAGUUGCUGAGCGAGGUACUCCAGGGAAUUUGGACUGAGAUUUGGACAGAUGUAUGGUAAUUUUGGACUGAGAUUAAGAAGAGGGAUUUAUGCUGGUGCUGCUAGAGGGAAGAAGGAGAAAUUGAUGAAGAUAUUUGGUUAUUUUGAUGUAAAAAGUGUGCAAGUUUAGAGAAGUUGGAUGGCUUCAGAAGUCUCAGUAACGUAGGACUUUGACCUUUUCUGUUGAGUUAGAUAACUGAAAGUUGCCAGGUUUGAGGAGCACCCAGAAAGUUUGAAGCUUCCAUUGUGGAAAAUUCAUGUCUUAUAACCCUUGAGGUUGGAAUGAUGUGUGGUAUAUAAUGAGACAGAAGCCACUUUAUUUUUCCACCCCUCAGUGGCUAUGGACUUUCUAAAGCGGGCACAUAGCUUGCGUUAUCAUAGCAUUGGAUGGGAGCUAAAAAGGCCCUUCGGGUUCCCUUCUCAUUUUUUUAGGUGACAGAAAUUGAUGCCCAAAGUGUUCAUUGACUCUUUUGGUUCCCUGCAGAGUUAAUACCAUAGCUUUGACACUUGCAAACAGCUUGUGUUUCAUUACUUUGCUGUUGAAAAAAUAUAUGAUCUCUCAAUCUUUGUGCUUAAUGUGUUUUGUCUGUUUGGAUCCCCACAAGCAGAACCUGAGAUAAAGACUUGGCUGCAAGUAGUUUAUUUGGGAGCUGAUCUCAGGAAGAAGGGGUAAGGGGGCAGGGAGAGUGAGAUAGCCAAUGAGGAGAAGCAAAUGAAGGGUGACUUAUUAUCAAGGUCUCAGCUCCAGGCCAAAGAGGCCUGACAUCAUUGGAUCUCUGAGAAGUGUACAGAUGCCUCCCAGAAUUAUUCUCCUGAAGGAUGAUAACCACUAGCUCCAUCCCCACUGAUUUGGGGUUGCCUGCAGGGGGCAUUAGCUUUCCCUCAUCCCUGAGCUGUGCCUCUACUUGGGAUGAGUCUUCACGAGAUAGUCUGGGGGCAGAAAAACAGAGAAAUGCAGUGGGGUGUUGUGCUAGAACAGUCAGUGCUUGCAGACCUGUCCAUCCUAGCACCAGCUGAAAUCAGAGGUGACAGUUUCAAGGGGAUGAGUUCAGGUAAUGUCUGUUAUAGGAGUUGAGAGCUUUCUUGGGGAAUGGGGAACUGGUGCUGGGUCUUGAAGCAUAAAGACGAGUUUACAUGGUGUGUGUGUGUGUGUGUGUGUGUGUGUGUGUGUGUGCGCGUGUGUAUGAAAGACAAUGGAAAGGAGAAAGCUUCUUGUAGGGAACUUGCACAUGGAGAGCAUUUAGAGAAUUUAUGCUAAAUUUUUGUUACAGAUGUGACCCUAUAAUCUGAAACUCUGGCACCCAGGGAUGAACCAUGUUGGCCAGUUUUCCACAACUUGAAGCGCAAGAUUCUCUCAUUUCCUGGACCAUGGAGAGUCUGACUUGAUUUAACUACAUACAUCUUCUGCUGGUGUUUUGUUCAGUCUGGACGAGUGACUGUAUCAGUCAACAGGAAUUUUAACAGACUGCCUUGGUACUGCUGAGUCCUCUCAAAACAAUCACCUUCUUGCAACCAGAGAAAAAGAGAAAGCCCAGCUCCUGUGUGCUCAACAAAUAGAUCUUACUGGGAGUGGAAUCCCUGUCUCCACAUCUGCCCCAGCAGUGCACCAGCCAGCAAAACAAACACAUUCACCAAAACUGUGUUUUAAAGAUGCCAGGGGCACUGAAUCUGCAAAGCAAAUGAGCAACCAAGGGCCAGCAUCUGUCUGCAUUUCACUAUCAUACUACCUCUUCUUUCUAUAGGGAUGAGAAUUCUUCUUUUCAUCACAGUCAAGGGAGAUGCUUCAGAACUGGAGCUGUUUUAUUUCUGAGAUGUUGAUGUGAACUCUACAUUAGUACAUAUGCAGUACUCUCCUUCAGUUGCUGAACCCCAGUUGACCAUUUUACCAAGACUUUAGAUGCUUUCUUGUGUCCUCAAUUUUCUUUUUAAAAAUACUUUUACAUGACUGCUUGACACCCUACCAGCCACUCUCAAUAGAGAGCUAUGUCUUACAUUCUUUCCUCGCUGCUCAGAGGUUUUAUGUAUCCAUGCACACAUAUAUACACACAUAUGCAUAUAAAAUUCAUAACGAAUAUAUUUGCCUACGUUUUCCCCACAAGAAUAUUUUUGUUCCAGAAAGACAUGCUAUUUUCUCAAAUUCAGUUAAAAUGGUUAACUUUGUUCAUAUUAGUGGUAGGAAAUUUUGCCUGGAAUUGAAAGCAACUUUAUUUUAAUAUCCUAUUUUCUACCAUUAUCUAUGUUUUUAUGGUGCUAUUAAUGACAAGUUUAGUUAUUUUUGUAGAACAUAUUAAAAUUGCAAAAAAAUCAUUUUUAAUGGGCAAGCAUUCUCCUGGGGUAGAGCAGAUUAUUCAUUUAGCCUGAAAGCUGAAGUAACUGUAGGUUGCUGUCAGACUAUACCUGUGUUGCCUCUGGGCUUGACAGGUCAAAAUGGUCCCCAUUGGCCUGGAGCAGCCCUCCAGACCUGGGUGGAAUUCCAGGGUUGAGAGACUCCCCUAAGCCAGGGGCCACUAGGUUUUCUUCUUCCCAGAGGCUGAUGUCACCCUGGGAAUCACAGUGGGUCUACCUGCAUUCAUAACUCCAGUAUCUGUGAAGCACACAUAUGUGUCAGGGCACAAUUCCCUCUCCUAAAAACCACGCAGCUCGAAAAUGGCCCUGGCCCUUCAAGAUAAUCUUCUUUAGAAUAUGAUCUGGCUAGAAAGAGUCUUAAAUACACGUAAUGUGAUUAUGCUUAGCUGGAAUAUUUUCUCUACUUCCUGUCUGCAUGCCCAAGGCUUCUGAAGCAGCCAAUGUGUAUGCAACAACAUUUGUGACGUUAGGUAAAUUGGGAUUAUGUUGUAGUUUAACAUUUUGUAGCUGCCUGCUUAUAGCUUGCAAGUGAGACCCGAUGUGUCAUUAUGCAUACUUAUAUUAUUUUAAGCAUGUGUAAUGCUGGAUGUGUACAGUACAGUACUGAACUUGUAAUUUGAAUCUAGUACGGUGUUCUGUUUUCAGCUGACUUGGACAACCUGGCUGGCUUUGCACAGGUGUUCCCCGAGUUGUUUGCAGCUUUCUGUGUGUGGGGUGGAGUGUGGGAGGACAGCCUUCAUGGUGGCCCACCUGGCCUGGUUGUCCAAGCUUGUCCCCCAGCAUGGGACAUUUCAAAAUUAAUUAUUAAAGGACAAAAUUUCUGUGAAAUCAAAUCUGAUUUUAAGAGGAGACACUUAUCAAAGAGAUUUUCAGCAGUAGUAAGAAGCAAAAGAAUAAACAUUUUGAUAUUCAGCAACUGAAAAUACCUCACUGUGUUUUUUUGGGGGGAGCAGGGAAUUGAUUACCUUAGCUAGCCUGUACAAAUUUGAUAUUGUACUUGAAAAUAGUUACAUUGCUUGGAAUGGUUGCUUUCUUCCUUUACUUUUUUCUUUUUUUUAAAUUUUGAAAUAGCUAUAAACAUAAAUCAGUGGAAGCACAGCAAAAGACUGUUCUUUUCCCAAGUUUCUGAUCUAAUGUCUUGUCACCUCUGAAUGGUAUUUUUACAAAC